AUGGAGAAUGCUCAAAGCCGGGGAGGGAAAGGGAGGGAGAGAAGAAGGGAAGGAGGAGGUCCAAGCUCAGCUUGUAAGCAAGCCAGCACUCAGCAGUGCCUGUGCCAAGAGCCAGCUUUCUUAAAGCCAUGGGCCCGGGGGGCGGCUUUGCAGGAGGAGGGAAGCCCAGGAGCAGGGACUGGAAAGCUCAAAGAGGAACCCUCAGCCUCCAAGGUCACCAUGGACAUAAUUUACCUGCACACAUCCCUGGCCUUCCUUCUUCUCCCUCUGGUUGUGCUUGGGGCACCUGCGGAUGAACCCCAACUCACAGAAUCAGCCCCUGGUGCUUGCAAGCGCUGCUGUGACCCACUGGACCCUUCCACAGAUGUCCCACCACUCCCUCCCAGCCACCACCGCUUGCCCUACCCAAUGCCGGAAGUCCGUCCCUAUAUCAACAUCACCAUACUGAAGGGAGAGAAAGGAGACCGAGGAGAGCCUGGGAUGCCAGGGAAAUGGGGCAAAGAAGGACCGCGAGGCGAGCGGGGUGCCCAGGGCCAGAAAGGCAGCAAAGGACAGAUGGGCACGGCGGGAGACCCUUGCAAGCAUCAGUACGCCGCGUUCUCUGUCGGGCGCAAGAAAGCGCUGCACAGCAGCGAGGGCUUCCAGGUCCUGAUCUUUGACACCGUCUUUGUCAACCUCUACAGCCACUUCGACAUGUUCAACGGCAAAUUCUACUGCUCCGUAGCUGGCCUUUACUAUUUCAGCCUCAACGUCCACACCUGGAACUUCAAGGAGACGUACAUGCACAUCAUGCACAACGAGGAAGAGGCGGUCAUCCUGUACGCCCAACCCAGCGACCGCAGCAUCAUGCAGAGCCAGAGCCUCAUGCUGGAGCUUCAGGAAAAUGAUGAGAUCUGGGUGAGGCUCUACAAGCGGGAGCGGGAGAACGCCAUUUACAGCGAUGAUGUUGACGUGUACAUCACCUUCAGUGGGUACCUGGUCAAGCCCAGCCUCGAGUAACUGCCUCUUCUCUUCCUUGGGGCCUCUUUGGCCUUUUCCUUCUCUCUCUCUCUCUCCCUUUACUGCCCGCAACCACUGCAAAUCACUUGGAAAUGGGCCUGUCAGGUCUCAGGCACUGGGUGUGAAACUCACUGGUUCCCACCUCACGCUCUCUUGCAGCCAGGCCUGUAUCUCUCUACUCACAGAGUGACACGACCAUCUCUACCCCUCACCUCAUGACCCUGGGUUAGGUUAUUGCCUUCUAAACUUUAGGGUCCUAGAGCAAGAGGAAUGCUAAAAUGGUGCUCCUGGGAUGUGUCCCUGUUUGGAGCUUCAUACACAAAGGACUCUUAUAGAAAAAGCUAAGAAGUCCUCACUGCCCAGAUGCAUCCUGACUUCUCUCUGUCCCAACUAGACAUACCAGCUUUGCAGCCUGCAACAUGGCCUUCGUGUCACCUCUCUGUAAUUUGGAGAGCUGACUGGAAUCUGAAGGCUUCCUGUAGCACAAGGAAGAUGUAGGAGUGAUCAGAGACAAUACUGUCUUUCCAAAAAAGGGACUGUUUGCCUUCUGAAGUAUGUCAUUGGCUUUUCUUAGACAUCAUUCUGGGCCACAGAGUCCAGGCUGGCUGCAAAAGCUGGGCUUACUGGAUCUGUCCUCCUCUGUGCCAGCUCUAGCUCUUUGAAGAGAUGAAAAGCCAGACACUCAGGUUCUUCAGAAGCAUCUGCUGUUGGAUCAGUAGAGCCCACCACUCUAUUCUUACUAGGAAUCAUAGAUACAGAAUGAGAGAGGGAGGCAAUGCUACCAAACCUUCCUCCAGAGCCUCCUCUGGUGGGCUGUUUGGUCUCAGAUCUCCAGAUAUGGGAAGCUAGCCCAAACAGUGACCCCAAAACUGCCCUCUUCUUUAUCAGAGGUGCACUCAUGGCCUUCUGUUGGUAUCAGCAGUCAUCCCUAACACUUGCUGAUGUGAGAGUAGAAUCAAUCCCUGGCUCCCACAUGGCCAUUGUGUUAUGCCCUUGAAGGUGGCUCUCCCAUGUUGGUACCGAGGGACCAACCACUGAUUCCAGACCUGAGCCAGAGGCUGUAAAGGCAAUUUCAGUUAAAUCAGUUACAAACCUGGGUGGGUUGGCAUCUCUUUGCCU